GCGGCAGGUGACGGCGCCCGGAGCCUGUCGGGAAGUAGGCGGGGUGACGUGGGGUUGACGCUCGGCGGCGGGUUUUGCUGAGGUCCGCGGCCGGUGGCGGACUGGUGCUGGGGGCUUCGGAGAGCGCGCGGUGGAAGUGGGGCGGCGUGUGGCCGGGGCCAUGACGAGCAAUGCUGGGGAGUGGUGUCUCAUGGAAAGCGACCCCGGGGUCUUCACCGAGCUCAUUAAAGGAUUCGGUUGCCGAGGAGCUCAAGUAGAAGAAAUAUGGAGCUUAGAGCCUGAGAGUUUUGAAAAGUUAAAGCCAGUUCAUGGGCUAAUUUUUCUUUUCAAGUGGCAGCCAGGAGAAGAACCUGCAGGCUCUGUGGUUCAGGACUCCAGACUUGAAACAAUAUUUUUUGCCAAACAGGUAAUUAAUAAUGCUUGUGCCACUCAGGCUAUUGUAAGUGUGUUACUGAACUGUACCCAUCAAGAUGUCCACUUAGGAGAGACAUUAUCAGAAUUUAAAGAAUUCUCCCAAAGUUUUGAUGCAGCUAUGAAAGGGUUGGCAUUGAGCAACUCAGAUGUGAUUCGACAAGUGCACAACAGUUUUGCCAGACAGCAGAUGUUUGAAUUUGAUACAAAGACAUCAGCCAAAGAAGAAGAUGCUUUUCACUUUGUCAGUUAUGUUCCAGUUAAUGGAAGACUGUAUGAAUUAGAUGGAUUAAGAGAAGGACCAAUUGAUUUAGGUGCAUGCAAUCAAGAUGACUGGAUUAGUGCAGUGAGGCCAGUCAUAGAGAAAAGGAUACAAAAGUAUAGUGAAGGUGAAAUUCGAUUUAAUUUAAUGGCCAUUGUAUCUGACAGAAAAAUGAUAUAUGAACAGAAGAUAGCCGAGUUACAAAGACAACUUGCAGAGGAGGAACCCAUGGAUACAGAUCAGGGUAGUACUGUGUUAAGUGCUAUUCAGUCAGAAGUUGCCAGAAACCAGAUGCUCAUUGAAGAAGAAGUACAAAAGUUAAAGAGAUAUAAGAUUGAAAAUAUUAGAAGGAAGCAUAACUACCUGCCUUUCAUUAUGGAAUUGUUAAAGACCUUAGCAGAACACCAGCAGUUAAUUCCACUUGUAGAAAAGGCAAAAGAAAAACAGAAUGCAAAGAAAGCUCAGGAAACUAAGUGAAGAGGAUAUUUGGAGCUGCACUUAUUUUCAUGGAGACCAUUACAUAUUAAGGGAAUUUGAAUAACAUCCUAAUGGACUCAGUGCACGUUUGGCAUAGUACCAGUCUGUCUUGUCCUUUAUGCAUGGAUUCAAAAACGUCUUCCCUACUUGCAUCAUGUGCAUGUAGUGCAUAUUAAAUAAAAGUGGCAUAAAGAGUGCUGGCCAAAUUCUGUUAUUUGAUAUUGGAUCUGAGAGCUUUUGGUACUCUGCAAAAAUAUUUAUAGUAAUGGACCUGGAAAAUACACAAAUGAUACUUUUUAUCUGUAGUUGUUCUUAUUAAUACUUUUAUUUGUCAGCUUAAAUAUAUCUAAUUUAAAAAUGUCAGAUCUUACUUAAACUGGGUCCUCUGCUUUUAAUUGUGGCAAAAAUAAUCAGUAUAUUUGUUUCUGAUAUGUGUUUUGCAGAUCUUAAAAUUGAAUUUUAUCUCACACCAAUUUGAUUUUUUAAGGCCAGUCAUUUGGAAAGAACACAAUUUUUAAUGAUUUACAUUGCUAUCUGUAAAGAAGACAAUAAACUUCCCAAUUUUAUUUUAGCAAACUUUCUUCAAUUGUUUGAGGUUAUUUGUUUAUAUAUUGUAGGAUUAUUUGAGGAAGGUCUGAAUAUUUUGCUUCAAAACAAAACUGGAGGUCAGAACAUUUUGUAAAUCUUAGGGUUCAGAGUUACUCUCAAGUUUUCAAGAUCUUCGAAAAUUGAGGGUUUGAUAGUUUGUUAUCUGAUUCUUUUAAAAGAUUGCAGUGGUAGUAGAGGAUUCUUCUGUUUCCAUUUAGUUUCUAGAAGCCAUGUGUGUUAUCUCACAUUGGAUUUAAAGACCUGACACUGGAGGGCUUUUUUAAGUUUUUUGAGACAGGGUUUCUCUGUAUUAUAGUCCUGGUUGCUGGAACUUGCUCUUGUAGACCAGGUUGGCUGCAAACUCACAGAGAUCCUCCUGUCUCUGUCUCCCAAGUGUAGGAUUAAAGUAGGAUUAAAGGCAUGUGCCACCACUGCCCAGCCCUACACUGGAUCUUUGUCUCUUAACAGUUGUUUCUAUUUUUCUCCCAAAUUAAACUUUUUUUUUUAAGAUUUAUUUGUUAUGUAUACAGUGUUCUGCCUGCAUGUAUACCUGCAUGCCAGAAGAGGGCAGCAGAUGUCAUUGUAGAUGGUUAUGAGAGUAGCUGCUGGUUGUACUCAGGAGCUCUGGAAGAGCAGCCAGACUCUCUUAACCUCUGAACCAUCUCUCCAGUCUUGUCCCCCCACCCCACUUAAACUUUAAAGGAAAUUUUCAUUAUGAACAUCUAAGCACAGUUUUAAAAUCAAUACAUGGCUUUUUAACAUUUUUAUGUAAAUUAUUUUAUUAGGUUAGUUGUGUACACAUUUUCCAGAUUUGGAUUCCAACUUUGAUUCAGAUUCAAUUUAUUUAAAUUAGUAUACAAACUGAUAUUUUAUGUUUUGGCAUUUUCAUACGUAUUUUUUUUUUUUAUUUUCCUCCUCUUUACUCAUUCUGGUAUUUUUUUUUUUUUUCACAAAGCAUGUUUUGACCUCCCAACCUUCCUCAAAACCAGUUUUAUCUGUCUUAUGGGUCCUUUAUAAUUUCAUAGUUUAAAGACUAUGAUCUGGUGAGAGAGAAAUUGUGUGUCAUGCAUCUUCUGAGUUACCCCACUUAGUAGUUUCUUCUGUAGAUUCUUUAUUUUUCUUUACAGAUGAAUAAAUUUGUUAUGCAUAAAAUUGUUGUGUAUAGUACCACGUUUUCAUUAUCCAUUCACCUGAUCUCAUUUCCUUGCUAUUAUGAAUAGAGCAGUAAUAAACAUCUCUGGGAAUCUAGAGUCCUUUGCAUAGGUGCCCAUGAGUAUGUGGCUGGGCUACAUGUUUCAUUUUGUUUUGUCUUUGAGAAGCCUCCACACUGAUUUUCUUAGGGGCUGCACUGUCUGUCCCCCAAGAGCAGUGGUCCCCAUUCAGGCCAGCCGCGCUAUGCAUGUCCUCAGUUUGUUCUUU